GAAAGUCAAUUGGUCUUACCUGUGAAAGUAUAAAAGGUCUCAACAAGUUUUCAAGAUGUGAGUUGUAGAGUUUCUGAAACCUGUCGCAGAGUCAUGAAGACCCUCUGACAUCAAAUUAGCCCUGCGUGUUUUCUACAACAGCAUCACAUUAUGGCUUUUGUCAGUGCACUGUUAAUGCUGUUGCCUGUUGCAUGGACUUGCCCACCUCAAAAAGCAGAUUACGUUAUGGUGUCGUGUUUUCCCAAUGCCAUUAUUGCCAAUGUCCCCGAGUGUCCUUAUGGUUGGGAGAUUGAACAGCUGUCUUUAGGUGGGGUUUGUUACAAUGGGAUCCACAGCUCUGGCUACUACCGCUUCAUCAUCCCAGACCUAACACCCAAAAACCACUCGUACUGUGGCACCCAGUCUGAGUACAUGCCCGGCAAAGACCCAAAGUACGUCUUCUAUAACUCCAUUGUGUCCAACGAUACUUCACUCACCGUCAGAAACCAGCCGGUCAACUACACCUUCAGCUGCAUAUACCGAGCAGCCUACCUGGUAAAUAACGCAGUGUUUAGCCAAAGAGUGGCUACAGUUUAUGUCAACAACGGGAGUUUAGGCACUUUUAGGUCACAGUUGUCUAUGAAUGUGUUCACGAAUUCUAAAUUCCUUUAUGCAAAGGAUGCCCCGUAUGUGAUCGAUACAUCUGAAAUUGGAUCUGAAGUCUUCAUCGGAAUUGAGGCAAAAGGACUUAGUAACAGAUUCAAAGUUGUCAUAAACAACUGCUGGGCUACUCCUACUCCUUAUUCAACGGACAAGAAGCGGUGGAGUCUCAUCAUUAACAGCUGCUCAUCUGACAAUACUGUGACUAUAUUUGAGAACGCCAAAGACAGCCGAUCCAUGUUCAAGUUUAACUCGUUCCGCUUCCAACGACUGGAGAAAGUUUCUACAGUCUGGCUUCACUGUGAGGUUCAGAUAUGUGAUGGAGAGCGGCUCAUAUGUCUGCCAAGCCCCUGCUCUGUCAGAAGUCUGACAGCUCAGACAGAUCCAAAUGGAGGAGUCCUUACAACCGAGUUUCACCUUAAAGGUUAUGGGUCCUCCAAUAAUGGACACAUAUUAGGCACAUCACUAUUCAUCCUGCUGGUGGUCCUGAUAAACACAUGUUGUGGUUUAAUAAAUGGAGCGAGAAUGUAACAAAAUAUUACAUGUUUAUUCGGUCGCAUUCAUACAUCAUUCUUUAUA